AUGACAUUGAGCAGAGUUCACCAACAAGUUACUACUGCAUUUCCUGCAGUCAAGACUGCUCCGGUGUGUUACUUGCCUGAUCCAGCUUCCAUCAACAAGCUCCAAAUCCCAACUUCUUCCAAGAAAUCUGAACUACAAACCAAAGGAAAAUCGAUUCUGCGAAAGAAGAAAAGCGAUAGCUUCACGAAUGGCGUUAGAGAUGAGAGCAAGUUAGGACCAAAGCUAACCGAAACAGUCAAGAGAAAGCUGUCCUUGGGAGCUAGGAUCGUUCAAAUGGGAGGCUUAGAGAAGAUAUAUCAAAAGCUCUUCAGGGUUUGCGAUGAAGAGAAACUAUACAAGGCGUACCAAUGUUACCUAUCAACAACCGCAGGUCCCAUCGCAGGCUUACUCUUCAUCUCAUCGAAGAAGAUUGCUUUCUGCAGCGAGAGAUCGAUCAAGGUGGCUUCUCCUAAGGGAGAUCUCAUCAGGGUCCACUACAAAGUCUCAGUCCCAUUGUGCAAGAUCAAGGGAGUGAACCAGUGUCUGAACACGAAGAAGCCAUCUCAGAAGUACAUCCAAGUAGUCACGGUCGAUGACUUUGACUUCUGGUUCAUGGGCUUCUUGAGCUACCAGAAAGCGUUCAACUGUCUCAAGCAAGCGCUUAACGAUGAUGAGCAAUGA